AGUAACAGUUUCCCUGCCGUUAAACAUGGCCGUUUUCACUUAGUGGUGGUGCGACAAUUCAGUUAAAUAACAAACGUCAUUCUUAUGUAUUAUUAUAUGACCCCCCCUUGCCUUUCUCAACCUACAAGAAUAUCGGCUUUUGUCAAGUAUAAUGGUGAAAAGAGACAAAAGCGAUCGGGACAAGAAGAAACCGAAAAAACGCCCCCAUGAUGAUGAGGAGGAAGAGGAAGAGCCAUUGGGAAAUGAGUCCCAGGAGGCCAUUCCUUCAGCUGCUGGGAAGCAGGUGGAUGAAACCAGCACUAAGCUGGACGAGUAUGGGGCCAAGGACUACCGCUUGCAGAUGCUGCUGAAAAAUGACCAUGCGUCCCGUCCUCUCUGGGUGGCUCCAGAUGGUCACAUCUUCUUGGAGGCCUUUUCGCCGGUGUAUAAGUAUGCCCAGGACUUUCUGGUGGCCAUUGCAGAGCCCGUCUGCCGACCUGUGCAUUUACACGAGUACAAGCUGACUGCCUACUCCCUGUAUGCUGCAGUCAGUGUGGGCCUGCAGACCUCAGAUAUCAUAGAGUACCUACAGAAGCUCAGCAAGACCUCUGUGCCUGAUGGCAUAGUGCAGUUCAUCAAGCUCUGUACUGUCAGUUACGGAAAGGUGAAGCUGGUGCUGAAGCAUAAUAGGUACUUUGUGGAGAGCACCUAUCCUGAUGUGAUCCAGCGCCUCCUACAGGACAGUGUUAUCCGCGAGUGUCGUCUUCGUACCACAGAGGGGGGUGACACUGAGCUCAUUACAGAGGUCAUCUCCAGCAAGUCAGCGAUCUCUAAGACAACUGCAGAUGGCAUGGGCCCCUCUACCUCCCAGGUUCAGAACAGUCAGACCUCCAGUGCAGAAGUGCCUGAGGACAUCUUCAACUACUACGAACAGUUGGACAAGGAGGAAGAUGAAGAGGAAGAGACUCAGGCUGUAUCUUUUGAGAUUAGACAGGAGAUGAUUGAGGAGCUGCAGAAACGCUGCAUCCAGCUGGAAUACCCAUUGCUGGCCGAAUACGACUUUCGCAAUGAUACAGUGAACCCUGACAUCAACAUGGAUCUGAAGCCCACCGCUGUGCUGAGACCCUACCAAGAAAAAAGUCUGCGCAAGAUGUUCGGCAAUGGAAGAGCACGAUCUGGGGUCAUCGUGCUGCCCUGUGGUGCGGGAAAGUCUUUGGUGGGAGUGACAGCUGCUUGUACUGUGCGGAAGCGCUGCCUGGUCUUGGGGAAUUCAUCUGUGUCUGUGGAGCAAUGGAAGGCCCAGUUCAAGAUGUGGUCCACAAUCGAUGACAGCCAGAUAUGCCGGUUCACAUCGGACGCCAAGGAUAAGCCUAUAGGCUGCUCUGUGGCCAUCAGCACCUACUCCAUGCUGGGCCACACCACCAAGCGGUCCUGGGAGGCCGAGCGUGUCAUGGAGUGGAUGCGUAACCAAGAGUGGGGGCUUAUGAUUCUGGAUGAGGUUCAUACCAUUCCUGGUGAGUCUGCCCCCAUUUAUUCCACAUACACUUCUUUCUUCUCCAUUUCUGUAGUGUUUUCUUUCUUCUCCCUACCUUCAGCGCGGAUGUUCCGGCGGGUGCUGACAAUUGUUCAAGCUCACUGCAAACUUGGACUAACAGCCACAUUGGUGCGAGAAGAUGACAAGAUAGUGGACCUAAACUUCCUGAUUGGGCCAAAGCUCUACGAGGCCAAUUGGAUGGAGCUACAGAACAACGGCUACAUUGCCAAGGUGCAGUGUGCAGAGGUCUGGUGUCCAAUGUCACCCGAGUUUUAUCGGGAAUAUGUAGCCAUCAAGACGAAGAAACGAAUCUUGCUCUACACUAUGAACCCCAACAAGUUCCGCGCUUGCCAGUUCCUUAUCCGCUUCCACGAACGUCGCAGUGACAAGAUUAUUGUCUUUGCUGACAAUGUCUUUGCACUCAAGGAGUAUGCUAUUCGCUUGAACAAGCCCUACAUCUAUGGACCUACCUCCCAGGGAGAACGCAUGCAGAUUCUGCAGAACUUCAAACAUAACCCCAAAAUCAACACAAUCUUCAUCUCCAAGGUGGGAGACACAUCUUUUGAUCUUCCGGAGGCAAACGUCCUGAUCCAGAUUUCUUCUCAUGGUGGAUCAAGAAGGCAGGAAGCCCAAAGACUGGGCAGGGUGCUGCGUGCCAAGAAAGGUAUGGUAGCAGAGGAGUACAAUGCAUACUUCUACUCCCUGGUCUCUCAGGACACGCAGGAGAUGGCUUACUCUACCAAGAGACAGAGAUUUUUGGUUGAUCAAGGUUACAGCUUCAAGGUGAUCACAAAACUGGCAGGCAUGGAGGAGGAGGACCUGAUGUUCUCCACUAAGGAUGAGCAGCAAGUACUCUUACAGAAGGUGUUGGCAGCUUCCGACUUGGAUGCAGAGGAAGAGGUUGUGAUUGGGGAAUCUAGCGGAAGACCACAGUUCUCCCGCCGCACAGGCACCAUGAGCUCCAUGUCUGGAGCUGAUGACACUGUCUACAUGGAGUACCAGACAGCGCGCAGCAGCAAAACCUCUCUCGCCAAAAACAUCCACCCCCUUUUCAAACGUUUCCGGAAAUAGACUGCUCCGAAAGAGUGCCUUGGCCAACUGUGUGAUUCAAACCUUUCUCCACCAAACAGUUGGGUUUGGACAGCCAAGGGUCUAGUUGAAGGAUUUGAGAGCUGUUUUGUGGAGGACCUGAUAGUUCUUCUCCCUCACCACCCCCAUUGUAGGGAUAUUUUUUUGUGUGGUGGAAUGGGAUUGUGAUCGGCAUUUGUGCUUUCUGACAUUUAAGUCUGAUGUCAGUCAAACUCUUGCUCUGCAGGUUAUUAUAUGACCAGGAUGUGAACAUUCAGAGGAUGUAUAACAGAUUUGUCCUCUUGCUGACGUUAAAAAUCUUAAUGUUUUCCUACACUCUUAAGUUGUGGAAGUAAGUUUUUUUUCCCUUAUUUAAUUUGCUUUGGCUUGACUUCAAUUUAAUUGAAGUCCUGCGGUAACUUAGAAUUGACUAGGUUUUUCUCAUUUAUGCACUGCCAUGGUUCAGUGCAGUCUGAGGAAAUGUCGAGGUUUUACUUGUCAGUUGUUAAACAGAAAAGGUAUUAAUGUACAGAAAUAAAUGUAUUUGUAACAAAAAUCAAGAUGUAUAAAUUGUCCAUACACAAACAGAUGUUGCUCUGCAUUGUCAUGCACUGGUUCUGUUUGUCUUUAGUAUCUUGCCCUUGUCCUGCUUUAUAAUUCGUUCUAUUUCGUUUCCAUUAAAAAUUGCAUUUUAAUUCCAAGUCUUACAUGAUUCAGAUGAGUAUGACUUCACCUCGCUUUCACCCUCAUGACAGAGACACCUAGUGGCCAGCUCCCUGGCAUAACAGUUU